CAAGUGUUUUUACGUGUGAACAUGUUCAGUCCUGUAAGAAACACCUCCGCUCUGCAGCCCCGUUCAUUAACUAAGGCACAUGUAAACCUCCAUCAGGCAAAAAGCCAAAUCCUCAGAAAAGUAAAUAAAUAAAACAAUUUAUAUACACCGAGACAGCAGGGCUGGAGCUGAAGGAUCUUCUGUCAGCUCCCUCGACAUUGCAGACGCGGAGCCCGAGGAGAAGAAGGAGGACUCCCUGCCUUGGGGUAGACACAAGAACAGAAGCGGAGACGCGACACAUUAGUGGAUCAAUCUGAAUGCAGUUUCUCAAUUCUUCCAAAGCCCAGUUACCUUUCAAGUGUGCAGGAUGAGGCCUUUGAUAGCUUUCUUGGUAUUUGUCAAUUGUCUUCCAGACACGAUUUGCAGGCCUCAACAACGAGUCAUUCGCUCUAGUAGCCAUGAAUCAAUUUACUUCGUGGGACAGCCAGAAUAUUUCAUACCAAUGAUGCCUUACCCACAACCCAGAUUUGACCAUGAAACACUCGGAGUCAACAUACUCCUGCCCAAACUGCCUCUGUUUCCCAAACCAGCUCCAAAGCCACAACCUGCAAUGCCUUCGAAGCCACCGGUGUUGACAUCUAUGCCGCCUAAAACAACAACAACAAAGAUCAAACCCCCUCUGACGUCCACAUCUAUGCCAACAUCUACUUCAAAAGUGGUGUCAACAUCAACUCUAAGUCGUGCCUCAUCGCCAGUGCGUAGCUCAAAAUAUUCGUCUUCAUCAGCUGUAACAACGUCGACAACAAUUAAAACUACAACACCAGUGAAGACCACAACUUUAACUACAACCACAACGAGAACCACAACACCAACAACGGCUACAUCAACUGCACAGACUACCAAAACAAUCACAAAACCCACAACCCCAACUACAACAACCACAAGACCAAUUACAACUACAACCACCAACCACAACCACAACAUCAACUACAACACCAACUACAACUACAACCACUAUAACAACAACCACCACUACACCGACUCCAUCUUCUGUUUCACAGACUGAUGUACCUACAACAGAAGAAUCCCCGAGAGGAGAUAACUUACAAGCUGCAGUUUAACAAAAUCUUGCAGUUCUGACCGUGGUAUCAACUUCCUCCAUGUCUGCUGCAGUAACUCCACGUUCAGCUGCUGUAACUCUUACUCCUACAAUGGUUGGCACCAAAUUCAAUGACCAAGUGUUGAUCAAGUCACCUAAAAGUUCAUUUUUAACAAAACCUCACUAUUUUGUUUGCUAGACCAGCACCACCUGCACACACUGCACUAAGUCCCUCCUCGACUGCUGCAUUAGCUCCAAAUCGAUCCACUACACCAUAGUUAACCACUGCCGUUCACCUGCUGCACUCUCCACCAUCGCUUGCUGUGCCAUCCGCUACAUCAAAUUGAUCAUCAGCUCCUCCAUUAUAAUAAUCUCUCUUCACCUGCUGCACCAUCUUCAUCUCAAUUGCUGCACAAACCCCUUCACAGACAGCAACAUAAACUCCAUCCAGACAUGACGUACCAAAUUCAUCUGCAUCCUCUGUAUUAAAGUCUGCUGCGUCUCCAUUUUAAGCUGCUUCAGCUCCAACUGCUCCAUCUUCUUCAUCCUUUGUCUCAUCAUCAACAGCUUCCUUCACGUCAACUUCUUCUACAACUGUGGGUACAACCUCACCUUCAAGUACUGCUCCAUGACAGCAUCUACUCACCAUCUCCUGUCACACAAUCAAUCUGAUAUUCUACAAUUGCACAGUUUCUGCAUGUAGACGCUAAACUGGUCCACUGUGACAAAUGCUUGAUAUGUGAAAUGGCCAUUUAGAGAUAUAACUGCACAAUUUUAAAGAUCUCUUUGACAUCUUCUGUUGGGACAAACACCUUGCAUAAGGAAUGCUGCCAUAUGUAUGCAUGAUAUUAUUAAAAGUUCUGAAAUUGGAUGGUCCAAGGCAUUUGCCUGUCCUCUCUCUUUGAAUUAAUGUCACAUUUUUUUUGCUUAUUUUGGGUUCAAAUCACACAUCUGGUAAAUUGAUUCUGUGAAAUUUCCAUGUCCUCCCUGUGUCUCUAUGGGCUUUCCUACUGACAUCCCUCUAUGUGGAAGUGCAGGUUAUGAAAACUGGGGAUUCCAAAUAGGCCAUGACUGUGUGCAUGAAUGGGCUCGGCAAUGGAGUGGCUCCUUGUUCAAGCCUGGUAACUACAAUAAAAACUACCACAUUGAGAACAACGACAACAACCACAACACCGACUACAACAACCACAACAGCCACCUUAUCAACUACAACUCCAGGGAUGACACCAUCUACUAUUCAGCUCCAACAUCACCAAGAGGAGACAACCUUAAGGUUUUGACCUAAAAAAUCAACUAUCCCAUUUAGGGGUUGCAUAUCAUAUUUGUGUAUUGUAUUUGUAAUGUAAUUCUAUCUGUAAUUUAUGGUCUCCAUCCUUCUCCACCUCCUCGACUCCGUAUUUCUCCCUGUGUCUCUAUGGGCUUUCCUACUGACAUCCCUCAAGAAAUGUAUGUGCAUGAAUGUGCCCAGCAAUGGAGUGGCUCCUUGUUCAAGCCUGGUAACUGCGUAGUGCCCAGCGCUGCUGCAUCCCAAGUAACCCUAAAUUGUAUUAAAUGUGUUUAAGAAUGUUAAAAUAUUAAAAUCAUGUGGUCCAGUGGUUAGAGCUCAUGGCUUCAUUGUCUUGGGCUCAAAUCCAGACCCAGUUACUCUCUGUGCAGAGCUUGCAUGAUCUCCUCAUGUCUCCAUGGGUCAUUCUCUGACAUCACCAAAGACAUGCAGGUUACGUUAAUGGAUUACACCAAACUGGCCCAGUGGUGAACUGGUGGGCAGCCCACUGCUGGUUUCUGUCCUGCCCAUUACUGUCUGCAGAGGCUUUGGCACAGGUUUGGAAGCUGGUUUG